UGAAAUGGUUUAUGAAAGAAAAUUGAUUCAGAAGUAGCGGUUGCCAGCUGUGCAACCACUUUGCUUUCUUCCCCUUCUUCUUUCUCCCACUUCUUCCACUCACUCCUCUAUUUCCUCAAUCUUCUUUCUUAGGGUUUUCAAUUUCACACUUCCACUUUCUACUCUUCCCUCUCCUAACACAACACGCUUCAUCAAUCACUCAAUCCAACAACAUAAUCAUCAUCAUCAUCAUCACAGUUUCUGAGCUUUCUUUCGGAUUUUCUUGGUGAAUCACUUGUGUUGCAAGUGGAGUUUAAUAUUGGUGUCUGUUUUGAUAUGUUGGUUAAAGGUGGAAUGUAUCAAUUGCUGAGAUUUUUGUGUGCUCAAACCAGUGACCUUCGGAAUGCGACUGUGACUUGUUUCGAAAGUAUAUACUGGAGUAUGUAAAUUCCGAUUUAGUUGGUUACUAAAAUAGGUCGUAUUUGAAGCAUUUAGGGGUUGGGUUUUAUUGUGGAAUUCUGAAAAAAAUAGCUAAAACGGGGUCGCUUUGUUGUGUGGCUUCACGGCCACAUGGAUCAAGUGCUGACAGUAGGGACUGGUCAUUGGGUUCGCACGAGCCUUACUGGAGAACUAACACGAGCUAUUCGCCACCUCCGUCGAGGUGGGAUUUCAGAUUCCAGUCUGAAGGGCUGCCUUAUAAUUUCAAUGAUCAACUCUAUGAUGGGUCUUCUACAUCAUCAGAUGGUAAAGAAAGUAUGACUUUGGUCAGAGGCAACCACCUAUAUGAUCUUCACUAUUCUGUUUCAGAUGGAACUGGAAUUUUCGUUAGCAAUUGUUCGUCUGAUAUUUCUCAAGGUCCUCAGUGGGUGCCUCCUGCAGUACAAGAAAUAAGUUUUGAUGAUUAUGAGGCUGCGAUCAGAAAAGAUCCUCGUCCUUCUUUAGGCCGGAUAUCUUUUACACCUGCUAAGGAGGGAACUUCCGAAAAUCCCAAUAAUAGAGGCUCCACUUCAACCCAAUCAGAAAGUAGCGAGUCUGAGUCUACUACAAGUUCCCGAUUGUCCUCUCGGAGGAAUUUCUCUAAUCACCGUUCUUUCAUCUCUAAACCCAUUCAUCCUUUGUCAUUUCCAGACCUAACAACUACUAGGGAUGCCUUUGAUGCUCCUGCUCCAGAUUAUACAAGGUUUGAUACUUCUAAUUCACUCCGAGGCAGCCGGCGCUCAAGUAAUGCCAGCAGUAGUCAGGAUUCUGCAGAUGUUACCGAGUCAUUUGAAUUAACACCUGCUUAUCCACAUACUCAUUCAGUUGGAUUUAGGUGCGGCUUGUGUGAAAGAUUUCUAUCACAAAGAUCACCUUGGAGUUUGCGCCGUAUUGUGAGAAGCGGGGACAUGCCUGCAGCUGGGGUUCUUCCUUGUUGUCAUGUUUUUCAUGCCGAAUGUUUGGAGCAGACAACACCAAAGACAAGGAAAAUCGAACCACCUUGCCCUGUUUGUGUUAAAUUAGAGGAGCAAUAUUCUCCUGAUCAACGAGGCGUUUUAAGAUUGAGGAAUAGUUUUCCUAAGUUCAAAUCAGUUUCUGAGGAUGGACCCUCAAGAACACGGGACGGCCCACAGGAAGGCGGUUGUGUCGGAGGAGCUCUACCGCCACACAAUGCCAUGUUCCUACUAAAUCGAAAUCGCAUCAUAAAAAACAUUUCUUUGAAGGGUAAUUUAAACAAAGAAUUUCCAGGCAAGGUGAAGAAAACCGGGGUCUAUUCUUCACAGCUGUUUACAGGCAGCUCAGCUGAUAUGGAAGUUGGUGUUUACUCGAAGGCGAAAGCCGGUUCAAGUAUUGAAAGUUAACAAAGUAAUUCUGAACAUCCAGAAGCUGACUUUCCCACGGUAGUUUAUCUAAAAUUUACAAAAUUGAUUCCUAACCCGGUAUGGUUUUUUUUUUUUUUUUUUGACAAAAACCCGGUAUGGUUUUGUAUAUUGAUUUGUUACACUUUUAUUAGAAGCCACACUUGGAACUUGAUAUUAUUUUCCUAUUUUAUUAAUUUGAGUUUUGAUAUUUACUUUUCUUUCUUAAGUUUUGAUCUUUGGUUGAACUUUAAGCAUAUCUAGUUUUGUUUAUUAGUUGAGAAAGCACGCAUACAUAGGAGAGUUAACUUAUUCCAAUAUUAUUAACACAUGAAAGUUUAAUACUAAUUGAUUAGUUAUAAACUAUGCGUACUAAUACACAGAUUAUCAAAAUGAAUUCCAAUAAGGCAUCCGCUAAUUCAGUGGUUGAAUGAUAUUAAUUUAUCUAAAAAAAUUGAAAAGUGUGGUAUAUUAGAAAUUAAUUUAUAAUGUCAUUUUGGACAUUUUGCUUUAAAAGUGUGACGUUAAAUUCAAAAACUCUAAUUUGAUUUAGAAGUUUCAACAUGUCAUUUUGUAAGUUAUGAUAUUACUUUUCUCAAACUUUAUUUUAGUUAUACAUAUAAGUCAAACUAACAUGUUUUUAUUCCGUCCAUAGUAAUUUAGAGUCCUCAUUAUUUUCUAUUUAUAUUCCACUUUCAAAGUUAUCUUGUAUUAUAUAAAAACAAAAAAUUGACUACUUGGUCAUGGCGGCUGCAUCAUUGACUUGUUCUGUCCCAUCCUAUUUGAAUGUUCCUUCCUGUCCAUUUCUCUUUACUUCAAUUCAACAUUUUUUGUUGGAGGCAAAAUAGUGCCUAUUCUGGUGUUGUUGUUUCCCUCUCAAUAUGGAAGUAAAAAACACAAACCAAUUAGAGGAAUCCACUGAUUUCAAAGCUGAAGUUAAAGCUUUUGACGAUUCAAAAGCAGGUGUCAAAGGUUUGGUGGAGUCCGGGAUUUCAAAGAUCCCACGCAUUUUUCAUACUGGGAAAUUGGACAUCGGUGAUAACUCAGCUAGUGACUCCAACUUGAGUGUUCCCAUUGUAGACCUCCAAGACAUACACAUCAAUCCAUCUCUGCGUGUAGAGGUAAUUGGCCAAAUUAGAAGUGCUUGUCAUGAUUGGGGAUUUUUUCAAGUGAUUAAUCAUGGAAUUCCCAUCACUAUCUUGGAUGAAAUGAUUGAUGGAAUUCGUAGAUUUCAUGAACAAGAUGCUGAUAUAAGAAAAGAGUUUUACACUCGUGAUACAAAGAAAAAAGUUGCGUAUUUCUCCAAUAGAACCUUGUUUAGUGGUCAAGCUGCUAAUUGGAGAGAUACAUUUGGUUUUGCUGUUGCUCCUGAUCCUUUCAAACCAGAAGAUGUACCACCAAUAUGCAGAGAUAUUGUGAUUGAAUAUUCUCAGAAAAUAAGAGAUUUGGGUUUCAAGAUCUUUGAGUUGUUGUCAGAGGCAUUAGGACUUGAUCCUUCUUACCUCAAAGAGUUGAAUUGUGCUGAAGGACUCUUUAUUUUAGGUCAUUACUAUCCACCAUGUCCUGAACCUGAACUAACUAUGGGCGGUUCCAAGCAUACUGAUAGUGACUUCUUCACAUUACUUCUACAAGACCAACUUGGUGGUCUUCAGGUUCUUCACGAGGAUAAAUGGGUCAAUGUUCCUCCGGUACAUGGAGCUCUUGUUGUAAACAUUGGAGAUCUUCUACAGCUUAUCACAAAUGACAAAUUUGUUAGUGUUUUUCACCGAGUCUUAUCACAGAACAUCGGCUCAAGAGUUUCUGUUGCAAGCUUCUUUCUGAAUUCUACUGAACCAAUUCAAGGAGCGUCGAAGAUUUAUGGUCCUAUUAAGGAAUUGCUUUCUGAAGAAAAUCCACCAAUCUACAAAGACACUACUAUAAAAGAUUUCUUAGCACAUUAUUUUGCAAAAGGCCUUGAUGGGAAUUCUUCCUUAGAACCCUUUAAGUUGUGAAUUCAACAUGUUAAAAUGAUUCUUAUUCUCUUGGAGCUGGCCAUGAUCUAUCUGUAUGACUACACAUUUUCUGUUGUAAGUGUGCUUUAUAUGUAUCAAGUUUCCUAGACCGAAAUAAAUGAAUUAUCUAUGCUUGUUGACAUUUUUAAAAAUAAUCAUGUUGAACUGCAGAAUUAUAACCAAGAACUUCUAAAUUAGAAGUAUGUGAUUGUAUUUUUACAUGUAUGAGGAAGGUGGUUAUAAGGACUUGGAGUUGGUGGAUACUGGCUUUUAAGACUUCUUAAUCACUCUCGUCCCUUACUCUAAAUUAUUUCAAACGCAAUCCUAACUCUUUCAAUCUCACCUCACAUUCUGUUAAUCAAUUUCAAUCCUCCCUCACGUUAUGUUGCUGGAUUUGACAA